AUGGCGACUGAAGUCGGACAAGAUGGCUAUCUUCUUAACUACAUGAUGUAUGAUGGUGUAUUGGUUGGUGUUAUUGUUCACAACUUUCUGUUUAACAACAUCAUUCCAUUCUGUAACAGUGUGAUUCUGUAUAAUAAUCUAUCAUCUUAUAUGGUGGGACAUGUAUCACCAGCAAAGAGAACCAGAUUGCAAAAUCUGAAGCUGUUAAUCAAACGUUUUCCUCGUAAGCAAUCAUAUUAUCAUGACGUUGCUAAAACAGAAAAUAUAUCGAAAUAUCAAGGGUCGAAGACGUGUUUUCUGGACAACCGGAAGUAUGAAAUUGGUGAUUCAUGGCAUCCAGUACUCGAACCGUUUGGUCGUAUGCCUUGUAUCAACUGUACUUGUAAUCAGGAUGGUGAGGUAAAGUGUGUCAGUGAGAAAUGUCCACGGCCAAAAUGUCAAGUACCCGUACAUCGACCGGGCAAAUGCUGCCCAAUCUGCAUAGACCACGUGACGGAAGUUGAUCCCACUGAUGAACCGCUACCAGGUUGUGUAUUUAAUGGUGCCAAAUAUGCUGACAGUGAUGUGUUUCCGUCCAAUAAAACCGGUCUGAAACCAACUCGCAAUGACCAGUGUGUCAUGUGUGUCUGUUCAAUGGGUCAUGUUCUGUGUCAUCUCAAAACGUGUUUGCCUGUAAAAUGUAUGAAGUUAAUCACCACAGAUGAUGAUUGUUGUCCACGAUGUGCUGGUAUGACCCAACUAGAUGAUGUAAUGGAGUAUGAUGAUGAUCCAGAUGCUGUUUUAUCAGAUGGUGCUGUGAAAAAUAAAACACGUGAUGGUUGUAAAGCGAUGGGAUAUAAAGAAAAUGGUACUUCAUGGCAUCCAGUUGUUGGUAUAUUUGGUGAAAUGAAAUGUAUCACUUGUCGCUGUUUAACGAAUGGAAAAACAGAGUGUAGACGGGAGACGUGUCCUCCAGAUAGUUCGCUUCCCUGUAAAAGACCCAGACAGGAUCCAGGAGUUUGUUGUAAAUCCUGUCCGGACAAGAGGCGGAAUAAGAAAAAUAAAAAUGGUAAAAAAGGGAGACGGAAGAAAAAGAAGAAGAAUGGAGGAAAUAAUAAGAAACGGAAGAAGAAAACAGAUCGAGAUAAAAGAGGAAAACCUGAUGAAGUAGCAGGAAUUGGCCAAUCAGGCCCGCCAUGUUUACCAAAGAAAACUGACAGAUUUGUCUACUACAGUGAGGAGAAAACAAGAAUCAUUCUCGCCUUUAAAAUGAUGAAGGAGAAAAGGGUCGAGGUGACCACUUGGACUGUAAAUAAAGGUCGACUGCCAGAAAGUAUAAGUGAAGUUUUAGGGUUUAUAGAUUUCAACAGUAAAUAUCGACUCCUACAAAUAAAAGGUGCUACUAAUGAACGACGUUAUAAGAAAACGGAGAAAAAAAUAAAAAGAAAACUGUCGCGAUGUAAAACAAGAUGUCGGAAGAAAGUUGUUAUUAAUAUUGUAAAUAGAAUGAAACUUAAACCUGUGAAAUAUAGUGCUAAAUGUUCGUAUAAAUUAUGAAAAUAUAUUGAUGUGGUCUGACUUGAUUACAUAUUAUUAUCCCCCUUUAUGUGACGAAGUGCAAAUUUAUUUUGUGCUAAAUUGAAUUUAGUGCUAAUUGAAUAUAUUUGAUGUGGUCUGACAAUUAUUAUUGUAGUUGUCAAUAUCCCCCUUUAACACGUGCUAAAAACGUGUCCCAUAUUCAUCAAAUUAUUGAUUUGCUUUGAUGCUGUCCCUUUAAUGCCGCUCAUUUCAUUUAAUUGCUGAUAUGAUGUGAAUCCUUGGAAAAAAUGACACCGUCCACUAUGUUAAUUAAACAAGUUUAAAAGAUGCAUGUUAGAAGGAGAUGAGUGGCUAUGUGACAUAGGCGCGCUUUGGAGGGUCUAAUUAAAUAUUUGUUUGGACUGCACUAUGUAUUAUAUAAGUUAUAUAACGCGUAAUAUAUAUUAUCUAUU